AGUUCCGGUUAGCUGCGGCUAGCUUGACAGCACUCCCCCCCUUGCUAGCUUGGCUUCAGCUAGCAGGUGCCGCUAGUUGGGUACAAGUAGUGGAAAAGGAGGGAUAUAGCACAGGUUCAGAGGAGAUUCUGGUCAGUCCUAGCAGCAGGGGUCGGGUGAGACGGUGGACUCUGUCACCGAGGGCCUGGCUCGACCUGUCAGCUCCUCUGAGCUAGCCUGCAGCUAACAAACUUGUUGAGGAGAAACAGCUCGGCAGGGCAAAGUUAAUGGCCGAAGGCUCGUCAGACCCACCUGACCUCAAUCCAGAUGGUAAGUUGCAUCGCAAACAGCAGCACCACGGCUCUAGGAGAGCCCGACCCAGACCCGACAGUGACAGAAACCUGAGGGGUUACGGCUAUGAUCCCUAUCAACAAUAUGGAUACGUUCAUCAAGGGUUUGGCCAAAAUAAUUCAAACUAUGCUGAGUACAACACUUCCCCCUAUCCAGAAGAGGAUGUAGCCAGGAGAAGAGGCAGAGGAAGAGGACGGAGAGAAGGAAACAGAUGUUUGAAUGGAAAUGUUGGGGGUUCUGGCAACUGGCAGCAAAAGCCCGGUAGAGACUUGGGUCCUUUUGGUGCAGGCACCAGAUAUGCUGGUUCCGUGGACGGACCUGAUGCGCCGACCUGGAGGAGAGAAAGUGGGAACAGGGGUUUGCAGCAAGCCAAUAAAGAUCAGGAGACUCAAGUGAAAAAACCAAGAAACGCUGGGCAGGAGCAGAGGAAAGGAGAAGAACAUGAGAAAAGUGAUCAUGCUUCCUUAUCGGAUCAAAGAUCUCAUGGUACCAAAGAAGAAAAGACACAUACAGAAAACACCAAAAGAGCUCCACAGAGCAGGCAAGGUGGCAGAGCUGAACCCUACGAUCAAAAACAGUGGAAAAAUGAUGACGGGAAGCGACGACAAGGGCCCAUCAAGCCUCCAAAACCAUCAUCUUACGAGGAGGUGAGCUCGAAGAGAGGGCCCGCUGUCCAGGAUGGUUCUGAACAGGUCAGAGCAUCUCAGGAUCCUCCUUACAAUACUGGAAAAGUCUCUGGGCCACAAAAACCUUUUCAGGGAAGAGGAGGGAAAAGGACAAGCCACCAGAACAUCAACUCGGGUCAGAGGAGCUCGGACAAAAUGCCCAAAAGUAAAGAGACGCAAACAGGGUGCCUGAUUGAACAGCUGUCCGAGGAGAAGUACGAGUGCAUGGUGUGCUGCGACGUCAUCCGGGUCAUGGCCCCGGUGUGGAGCUGCCAGAGCUGCUUCCACGUCUUCCAUCUGAACUGCAUCAAGAAGUGGGCCCGAUCCCCGGCCUCGCAGGCAGACGAUUCAUCUGAAGGCUGGCGUUGUCCUGCCUGCCAGAAUGUCUCGCUGAAACACCCGAGCGCCUACGUCUGCUUCUGUGGCAAAGUGACGAACCCCGAGUGGCAGCGCAGCGAGAUUCCCCACAGCUGUGGUGACAUGUGUGGGAAGAAGAGGAGCGGCGUGGACUGCAACCACCCCUGUAACAUCUUAUGCCAUCCUGGACCUUGUCCUUCGUGUCCCGCGUUUGUCACCAAAUCCUGCGUCUGUGGGAACACGAGUCAGCCAAUGCGCUGCGGCCAGGCCACAGUCCUCCGGUGUGAAAAGGUCUGCGGGGCUUUACUCAACUGUGGCGAGCACACCUGCGCACAGGUGUGCCACAGCGGGGCGUGUCAGCCCUGCCAGCUGCAGAUUCAGCAGGUCUGUUACUGUGGCGUGACGACCCGCGCCGUCCCGUGCGGCACUGACAAAGACGGAUUUGACGGCUCGGGGCAUUUCUCCUGUCAGAACGUUUGCUCCAGGACGUUGAACUGUGACGCUCACCGGUGCCAGCAGGUGUGUCACCGCGGGCCGUGCCAGCCGUGCCCGCGCUCUCCGAGCCGCGUCAAGACGUGUCCCUGUGGUCAGACCCCGCUGGCCAAACUCCUGGAGCUGGGCUACUCUGAGCGACGGAGCUGCUCCGAUCCCAUCCCGUCCUGCGGGAAGACGUGCAACAAGCCUCUGCCCUGUGGCUCCAACGACACCAUCCAUUUGUGUCAGAAUUUGUGCCAUGAAGGGAGCUGCGGGCCCUGCUCUCUGACCUCAACUAUCAGAUGCCGCUGUGGCUCCAAGACCAAGGAGGUUCCAUGUGCGAAUAUUCAAAACGAAGAGGAGCUCGUCUUCAGGUGUGAGAAACGAUGCAGCAAGAAGCGCUCCUGUGGUCGGCACAAGUGUGGAGAGCUUUGUUGUGUGGCUGUGGAGCACAGGUGUCCCAUGAUCUGCGGCUACAAGCUGAACUGUGGCCUCCACCGCUGCCAGGAGCCGUGCCACAAAGGGAACUGUGAGCCCUGCUGGCAGUCCAGUUUUGACGAGCUGACGUGUCACUGCGGCGCCUCGGUUUUAUACCCCCCUGUUCCCUGUGGCACGAAGCCACCGGAGUGCAAGAACCUGUGCUUGAGAAGGCACGAGUGUGACCAUCCAGUCUUUCACAACUGCCACAGCGAGGACAAAUGUCCGCCUUGCACGUACCUCACUCAGAAAUGGUGCAUGGGAAACCACGAGCAACGCAGCAACAUCCCGUGCCACCUGCAAGACAUUUCCUGCGGCCUGACGUGUAACAAGACGCUGCCGUGCGAAAUGCACCGCUGCAAACGGCUCUGCCACCGCGGAGACUGCCUGCCGGAGGCCGGCUGCCAGCAGCCGUGCACGCUGCCCCGCGCAGACUGCGGCCACCCGUGCAACGCGCCCUGCCACAGAGGUGGCAGCUGCCCGCGCAGCACCUGCACCGCCAAGGUGGCGCUGCAGUGUGACUGUGGUCGGAGAAAGGAAAGCGUUGCCUGCACAGAAGCUGCCAAUUCUUAUCAGAGGUACGCAGCCAUCGCCAUGGCCAGCAAGCUCUCUGACAUGCAGCUCGGGGACUCCAUGGACAUCGGCCCGCUCCUCACCAAGAAGGAGCUGAAGCAGACGAGGCUCGAGUGUGACCAAGAAUGCGCCACUUUGGAGAGAAACAGACGUCUGGCCGAGGCGUUGCAGAUCGAUUCCUCCUCAGACCCCUUCAACGUUCGCUCCACCUCCGUCUACAGCGACAGCCUCAAAGAGGACGCCAGAAAGGACCUGAAGUUUCUCUCUGAAGUGGAGGAAGAGAUCAAGAAUCUGGUGGAGCUCGCCAAUAAGGGCAAACAGCCGAAGAGGAGCCACUGCUUCCCGCCGAUGAACAGGGAGCACCGGAAGAUCAUCCACGAGCUGGCCGAGGUCUACGGCGUGGAGAGCGUGAGCUACGACAGCGAGCCCAAACGCAACGUGGUCAUCACGGCGCUCAAAGGGAAGUCCGCCUGUCCAAACUCAACGCUGACGGCGGUGAUGGAGAGGGAGACGACCGCGAGGGCUCCUCCUCCCAUCGCUCACAUCAAACAGCAAAGCAACAAGGCCGUGGGAGGAAGCACCUGGUCAAAGAUGGUUAAAGAGGAGCCUGUGAUAGAUUAUUUUGACGUUCAGGACUGAGGAGGCAUGAAGAGGAAAACCUUCAGGAUCUGCUUGUUGACUUCAGUUUUCAUCCGACGAAAAAACAAUCCGAGACGUUU